UCGCCAAGCGCUGCCAACAUGGUGUUCAGGCGCUUCGUGGAGGUUGGCCGGGUGGCCUACAUCUCCUUUGGGCCUCAUGCCGGGAAGCUGGUCGUGAUCAUAGAUGUUAUUGAUCAGAACAGGGCUUUGGUUGAUGGACCUUGCACUCAAGUAAGGAGACAGGCUAUGCCUUUCAAAUGCAUGCAGCUCACUGACUUCAUCCUUAAGUUCCCACACAGUGCCCUCCAGAAGUAUGUUCGAAAAGCCUGGGAGAACAUCAAUACAAAAUGGGCAGCCACAAGAUGGGCCAAGAAGAUUGAAGCCAGAGAAAAGAAAGCCAAGAUGACAGAUUUUGAUUGUUACAAAGUAAUGAAGGCAAAGGAAAUGAGGAACCGAAUAAUCAAGCUUGAAGUUAGGAAGCUUCAAAAGGCAGCUCUCCUGAAAGCUUCUCCCAAAAAAGCACCUGCUGCUAAAGGUGCCGCUGCAGCUGCAGCAGCUGCUGCAAAGGUUCCAGCAAAAAAGGUGACCGCUGCAGGCAAGAAGGCUCCAGCCAAGGUUCCCGCUCAGAAACCUACAGGCCAGAAGGCAGCACCUCCAAAAGCUCAAAAGGGUCCGAAAGCCCCAGCCCAGAAAGCACCUGCUGCUCCCAAGGCAUCUGGCAAGAAAGCAUGAGAACAUGUGGGGCUACUAUAAACAUAUAAUAAAGGUUCUUUUUAACACA